UUUGGAAGCCCCAUUGAGUUCUGGCUGACAGGUACAAAGUGGCAGAGACUGGCUACUCAAGAAUUGUUUCUGUUCUCAUUUCCCCACCCACUUCACCCUUCACCAGCACUGUUGUCUGCUGUAAGGAUCAACGGGGAUGGCCAGGAGGUCAUGUAUCUGGCAGAAGGUGAUAAUGUGAGGCUAGGCUGCCCCUACAUCCUGGAUCCUGAGGACUAUGGUCCUAAUGGUCUGGACAUUGAGUGGAUGCAAGUCAACUCAGAACCCUCACAUAGGGAGAAUGUGUUUCUUACUUAUCAAGACAAGAGGAUCGGCCAUGGCAACCUCCCUCAUCUGCAGCAGAGGGUCCGCUUUGCAGCCUCAGAUCCCAGCCAGUAUGAUGCCUCCAUCAACCUCAUGAACCUGCAGGUAUCCGACACAGCAACAUACGAGUGUCGGGUAAAGAAGACCACCAUGGCCACCAGGAAGGUCAUUGUCACUGUCCAAGCACGUCCUGCGGUACCCAUGUGCUGGACCGAAGGCCACAUGUCCAAGGGCAACGAUGUGGUACUGAAGUGCUUUGCCAAUGGAGGCUCUCAGCCCCUGUCCUACAAGUGGGCCAAGAUCAGUGGGCACAGUUACCCCUACCGAGCUGGAUCCUACCACUCCCAGCACAGCUUCCACUCUGAACUCUCUUAUCAAGAAUCUUUCCACAGCUCCAUCAAUCAAGGCAUGGGCAAUGGGGACCUGGUGUUGAAAAACGUCAAUGCAGAUGAUGAUGGGCUGUAUCAGUGCACAGUGGCCAACCAUGUGGGCUAUAGCGUCUGCGUGGUGGAAGUGAAAGUCUCAGACUCCCAGCGUAUAGGCAUGAUCGUUGGCUCAGUGCUAGGCUCUUUGCUCAUGUUGGCCUGCCUGGCACUAGGCAUCUGGGGGAUCAUCGCCUGCUGCUGCGGAGGCGCCGGGGGUGGUGCCCGAGGUGCCUUCGGCUACGGGGUCGGCGGCGGGGUCGGCGGAGGGGCCUGCGGCGGCGACUUGGCUAGUGAGAUCAGAGUGGACGCCGAGGCGCCCGGGUGCAAGGCCAGCGGGCGCGGCAGCCGCGUCACCCACCUCCUGGGGUACCCGACGCAGAACGUCAGCCGCUCCCUGCGCCGCAAGUACGCGCCUCCGCCCUGCGGCGGCCCCGACGACGUGGCCCUAGUGCCCCGCACAGCCUCCGCAGCCUGCGAAGCGGGCCCCUCCCCCGUCUACAUCAAGGUCAAGAGCGCGGAGUCGGCCGAUUGUGCCGAUUGUGCCCAGGUCGAGCAGCGGUCGUGCAAGGACGGCCUCUUAGUGUGA